AUGGAGGCAGAAAUUCUUCGCGAAAUAUGGAGGUAUUUCACAGGAAAUGGAAAAGAAGACAGAGACGUAAAAAGCGGCGAUCACAAAGCCGAAAAAAGUGCAUGUAAAACUGGAUUGGCGGGCGUUCGCCUCGCAACGGUUCUCGCCGUUCCGCAGCUACAGUGUACUUUUGAGAUUUUGUUGUUCGUCGAUGCCGGCAUUCUCGGCUUUUUUAAAGUCCUGAGAAUGGCUACAAAAAAGCAUAACUUUCGUUCAGUAGCGAAAUGUGUCAUUUUCAAUAUCCGAUUCAGUAACCAGACGCUCCAAAAUUGCUGCCAAGAUUACUACUGGAAUUGUGGAAGAGGAGAUGAAGCGAAAUGCGAAAGUUUGGCCGUUCGCUUUCUUGAAUAUUACGAAUACUCUUACCAGGAGGGAAAAAUAGAUUGUACUUGUAUCUCAUAA